CGCCCGCGCAGGACAGCUUUUAGCCGGCCGACCUGUCACCGUCCGGCAUGUGGGGCUGGGGUGUCGCUGUCACCUCCUGCUCGCUCCAGCGCCAUGGAACGCCUGCGGAGCCUGAGCCGGCUCCUGCCCCGGCGCACGCUGUGUGUCCUGGCGCAGGGCCUGACGCCCGGGACGCGCCCAGUUGCCUCCUGUGGCCGUGUGGCCCAAGUCCUCGGGCGGAUCCGGGCCGCGCCGCUGUGUGGGCCCCGCCGGCCCCCCGUGGCAGGUGAAACGCACCGGUUUAGAUCUUCUGAUGUCUCUCAAGCCACGUUAGCCAGCGUAGCCCCAGUGUUUACCGUGACAAAAUUUGACAAACAGGGAAAGGUUACUUCUUUUGAAAAGAAGAAGACUGACUUAUAUCAAGAAUUAGGUCUUCAAGCCAGAGAUUUGAGGUUUCAGCAUGUGAUGAGCAUCACAACCAGAAACAAUAGAAUCAUCAUGAGAAUGGAGUAUUUGAAAGCUGUGAUAACUCCAGAGUGUCUUCUGAUACUAGAUUAUCGGAAUUUAAAUUUAGAGCAAUGGCUAUUCCGGGAACUCCCUUCACAGUUGGCUGGAGAAGGACAACUUGUCACAUACCCUUUACCUUUUGAGUUCAGGGCUAUAGAAGCACUCCUACAAUAUUGGAUCAGCACUCUUCAGGGGAAACUUGGCGUUUUGCAGCCACUGAUCCUUGAGACGUUGGAAGCUUUGGUGGAUCCCAAACAUUCCUCUGUGGACAGAAGCAAACUGCACAUCUUGCUACAAAAUGGCAAGAGUCUGUCAGAGUUAGAAACGGAUAUCAAGAUUUUCAAAGAGUCUAUUUUGGAGAUCUUGGAUGAAGAAGAGUUGCUGGAGGAGCUCUGUGUCAGCAAGUGGAGCGACCCGCAAGUCUUUGAAAAGAGCAGUGCUGGAAUCGACCACGCAGAAGAGAUGGAAUUGCUGUUGGAAAACUACUACCGAUUAGCUGAGGAUCUUUCCAAUGCAGCUCGGGAACUCAGGGUGCUGAUCGAUGAUUCACAGAGUAUCAUAUUCAUCAAUCUGGACAGCCACCGAAAUGUGAUGAUGAGGCUGAACCUGCAGUUGACCAUGGGAACCUUCUCCCUUUCACUCUUUGGACUAAUGGGAGUUGCUUUUGGAAUGAAUUUAGAAUCUUCCCUUGAAGAGGACCACAGGGUGUUCUGGCUGAUUACAGGAAUCAUGUUUAUGGGAAGUGGCCUCAUCUGGAGGCGUCUGCUCUCCUUCCUCGGACGACAGCUCGAAGCCCCUUUGCCUCCUGUGAUGGCCUCUCUACCCAAAAAAACCCUUCAGGCAGAUAGAAGCAUGGAAAUGAAACACAGCUUCCGGCCUGACGGAUUAAGCAGGAGUGUCCUGACAAACCGUUAAAGACAUCAACUUGCUACAGACUGGAUGAUUUUAUGGUAGUUACAAGAAACUUGAUAGAUUUUUCUUUACAGAAUCAGAGAGUUGAGAAAGAAUCACUGAUGCUUAAAUUAUAAUGUCUGAUACAAAUAUUAGGGCACUCACAAUACUAGGACUUAAUUGCAUUUUCAGCAUUGAGUAAAGCAGCAAAAUACUUGCUUUGUAAAAGGCCAAAUUCUAUCUUCCACAAACUGAAAAAGCUGUUUCUAGAGACCUGAUGUGAGACAUGGAGAGACUGACUUAUACGCAUCAAGGGAAGAUACAUCUGAACACUUGCUUUAUUCUUGGUAAACAGAUCGUGAUAACCACUAAAUAAAGAUAUUGGGGGACUUACUCUAAGAGUUGCACACCUGCCUCACCCACGGUGACGAGCGCGGAGCGGCAGCAAGUUCGCAAGAGCACGGUUCCCUGGGCGGACUGGAAAGGUGGGAAAAUAUCUGUACCCUUAAGACAGACGCGGAAAGUUUGUGCUUUAAAAUCCGUCUUGUCUUGUAUUUGCCUCCUUUUUAUAUAAGGUGACUAAAAAGGGAAGGAUGGAGUAGCAGCUUCCAUGGAUUCCAGGUUCAAGAAAGUGAAAUCCCGACGAACUGGAACUAGUUUUCUCUGCCUGGCUGUAAUUACAGCCUUGGGAAAGAGUGUGGAAGAAAACCGUUCCCCGACUCUAGACAGAGGGGGCAGCUCAGCCACCCCCGAGAAAGAACGUGCACGAAGCCGAGUCAGUCUGUGUGCCCGCACCUCAGAAGCUGACGGACAGGCUUCCUACAACCAGAAGGUAGAUAAACUUCAGAAGUGUGAGACCUUUUUGUCUUCAGUCACGUUGGGAUUCAAAACCGGCUAAUAUUUGUAAGUCUCACAGUUGCUAUCCUACUUACCAUCUUAACUACCAUUGUUAGAUUUUCUGGAGGUUAAAUACCGUUAUGCAGUAGAACACUAGGGCUUUUCUUCCCUUCAGAAGUAACGUGGAAGAUUCCAGAGUGUCCAGAGAUGUUGGGGUUACCUGACACUAUCACAGGAUGUCCCAUGAGGAAGUUCAGGAGUCCAUCUACCAAGUGGUUUGGGGAUAGGAAUAAAAAUACUGUUCCAGGAGCUGAUUUGAAAGAAAAACAGAUGAAGCUGUAAGUUUUUCCCAUUCCCAGGUUUGGUUACAAAAGCCUUUAGAGGCAGAGGAUAGAGUGGCGGGCGCUGGGCUGGGCUCGGGCCCUGAGUGGGGUGUGGGUGGCUGUCUAAUGGCCUAAAUCUGGGAAGUGAGUUUCAAGAGCACGUCUCUCCAAUAGUGCUUGGAACUCACGGGACGCGCUUUGGCCUACCUCGGAGUGCCUGCUGCCCAUCCCGGGCUAGCGCUAUAAAGGGGGCUAUAAAUGUUAGAAACCCAGAGGACUUUAUUCUGCCUGAGAGCAGGCACAGAAUAGAACUUUGGCCUUUUUCCUUUUUGGUGUGACUUAGUUUGCAGACUUGGGUAAAAUAAUUUUUUUUGAUGAGUCCUCUUUUUUCAAUAAAAGGGAAAGGGAAAUGCAAGUACCUCCUAAGUCUGCAGCGAAGUCACUGAUCGUUUCAGGUUCUCGAAGGUGCUUAGAUCAAAGGGAAUUUCAAAAUGUCAGUUCUGCUUCGCUGACACUAAAUAAGACAGUCGAUACUGAAAAUACACGAAGUUAAGUGGUUUUAAAUGUUGAAAUAGACUGAGCACAAACUAUUUGUAAACAAAAUGAAUACCAAGCACAUGGUUACGCAGGCAAGCAGUCUUCUCGCCUGUUUAGCAAGUUCAAGGAACGAUGUUCUUCAGAGACUGUCCAUUUCUGGAAGGCCUCUAAGAAAAUGCAGCAGAAAAUAGCAUCUUAAGAUGACAUCUGAACACUUGCUUUAUUCUGGGUAAACAGAUCGUGAUAACCACUAAAUAAAGAUAUUGGGGGACUUACUCUAA